ACUAUUCAUUGGGAGGGGGUCCGUAGUGCGCGUACUGAAUGCCUACUUGCCUGGUGCAAGGAAAAUGAAGACGCACAUAUCAAGCUCUUCUCUGAUUCUGCAAAAGAUGCCAAGGGGCAAGGUCAGAAGAAGAAGCAGAGUGGUACUUCGAGAGAUGUUGUCUAUUCACAGGUUGCACAAGCUGUAUUUUUGAAUAACAAGGAUCUGGAGGUUCAACGACUCUUCAAGGAGGACCCCAAGGCAUUCAUAAAACCAGUUUCAACCCGUUUUUGCAUACUGAGAAAAAAAUACAAUGAAUUCAACAAGGACCUCAAGCAGUCAGGAGCAGGAAAGACAUAUGUGGAGCUGCAAGAAGAUCCAAAGAUGAAGUCUUUGAUUGAUACAAAGCUCAAAAAAUUUCCCUGGUGGCCUGAGCUUCAUGGCUUGUGGCAGACAAAUCCAGCCUUCAAUCAUGCCUUCUCUACUGUGGACACAGGGCAAGAUUUUGCAUCUGCUGCACUGGAACAUUUUAAUCUUUCCAAGCACCCAAAAUCA